AAGCACAACACAGCAUAAAUUCCUUCAGACUUGACCUUAAUUUCCCUACCUUAUACUUUUUUCUCUUCUUUUUCUUCACUUUACUCAUACAAACUUUGAUUUUUCCUACCAAAAAAACAAAAAGAUAACCACUUUUGUCUUUUGUAUUUGAGAAGACAUAAAGAUCAUUUACUACUCCAUUGUCAAAACUAUAAGUCUUCUUCUUAUAGUUGUGUUCAUAUUCAUAACUAACAGUCUCUCUAUCAUCAGCUACCUGCCAACUCUUGUUUCUGUUUAGAGAGUGAAAGAGUGUUUUGAAGUUUUUCAGUUGUCCAUUUUUGCUUAUCUUGGUGUGAGUUGAUUAGUAACGACAAUGGGUUUAAAUGAAUUUAGACCUAUUCAUUUUCCAGCAUUUGGUGAAUGGGAUUACUACUGUUAUCAACCAAACUACUACUACACUACAAGUAGUACUAAUGUUGGUGAUGAUCAUCUUGGCCACCACCAACAACAAGAUUUAUAUGGUGUCGAUACUGAUCUUUACAAAGGAGGAGCAGAAGAAGUUAAGAUACCAGUAGUAGUUGUACCCACCACUGCUACAAAUGUUGUCAACUUUUCUCCUAAGAAGGAAAACAAAUUGUAUGCCGGGGAUGAAGGAGAUGAGACGAAAGAUAGGUGGUGGAUUUAUGGAUGGAAAGCAUCACCAACAAAAUACAACAACCCUCAAUAUCGUACCACCACUGCUGUUGCCACUACUCACAAGCCUGUCGAUGAAGAUCUCUACAAAAUACCAUCACCACAACUCCGCCGCGCCAAAGCACCCAAGGUCAAAGUGCUGGGGUUUAUAUCGAGAUGCUUCAGUCCCUCUUGUGUCAUGUGAUGAGCAAGGAGUUGAAAUGGAUUAUGUACGACGAGAUUCUAUCGAUGUAUAUAGAUUUUUAAAAUAGGAAAAAAUUGUGUUAGAAGCAACAAAAAUUUGACUCAACUCUUGGCUUUUGUUGGAUUUUUAGGCAAGAGUUGGGGUGGUACUCUCCAAAGUUCUAUUGUCAUGUUCUCUCCAAGGUUCCAUGUCUGAUGUCGUUUGGUAUAUAGAGUAUCAUAUUUCAGUUUUCAUUCAAUAAAUGUUGAAAUUAGCUUGUUUUCGCGAA